AUGGCUGAGGAGAAUCAGAACAAGUACGAGGAGACCACAUCCGCAGCAACCAACUCUGAGACAGAGAUCAAGGACAGAGGUCUUUUUGAUUUUCUCGGUGGUAAGAAAAAGGAUGAAGAACAUAAACCUCCUCAAGAUGAGGCGAUUUCCCACGAGUUUGGUCAUAAGGUGACUUUGUAUGAAGCACCAUCAGAAACCAAAGUUGAAGAGGAAGGCGAAAAGAAACACACCAGUCUCUUGGAGAAACUUCACCGAUCUGACAGCUCAUCAAGCUCGUCAAGUGAAGAGGAAGGAGAAGAUGGUGAGAAAAGAAAGAAGAAGAAGGACAAGAAGAAGAAAGAGGACACAUCUGUGCCAGUUGAGAAAGUUGAGGUUGUUGAAGGAACAACAGGUACCGAGGAAAAGAAGGGUUUCCUCGACAAAAUUAAGGAGAAGCUUCCGGGAGGACACAAGAAAGCAGAGGAUGUAACAACUCCUCCACCUGUUGUUGCUGCUCCUGUUCACACUGAGACAGCAGCAACAACAACAGCUGUUCACGAUGGAGAGAAGAAAGGUAUUUUGGAAAAGAUUAAGGAGAAGCUUCCUGGUUAUCAUGCUAAGACUGCUACUGAUGGUGAACACAAAGAUCAUCAUAAGGAUGAGACUACAUCUCAUUGA